UAGAAACUCAUAACCAGCACAACCAACAACCGACCCACCAAACACAUCCCCUCAUCAGGGGAAGGUUGACUGGAGGUCAUGGAGUGGAGACUGGCCUUACUGCUGUUCUCAGGUUUUGUCAUGGAGUGUGUGAGUAUCCCUCAUGACUUCAUCUUUGUGAACAUGAGUAAGAACUGGACUGAGGCACAGCGCUACUGCAGGGAACACUACACUGACCUGGCCACCACUGAAAACAUGGAGGACAUGCAGAUGAUGAUGAACACCACUGAAGGUUAUGAGGGGGAAGCCUGGAUUGGGCUGCACCAGACUGCUGUCUCCAGCUGGAAGUGGUCCCUGGCAGAUGAAGGUUCUUAUGGUCCUGGAGAUGCUAACUUCACUCACUGGCAACAAGGACAGCCUAACGGUGGGGAUGGGGAGGAAUGUGCAGAGUGGGUAUGUGGAGAUGGGUGGAAUGACAAGGAUUGUACUGCAACUCUUCCCUUUGUGUGCUAUGAUGAGGCCCGUAAUGGUAGUGAGCGAUAUGUCCUCAUUAAUGAGAAAAAGUCCUGGAGAGAAGCUCAGGAGUACUGCAGACAACAACACACAGACCUGGUGAGUGUGAGAGAUGAGGAGGAGGACCAGCUGAUUAAAGAGGAGGUGGGAAAAGCCUGGAAACCAGUUAAGACAGGAUGCAAAAUAGUUUGGAUCGGCUUGUUCAGAGACGACUGGACCUGGUCUGACCAGAGGACCUCAUCCUUCAGACACUGGAGAUCAUCGUUCCCUAAGAACAAGGGGAAAGACGACUGUGCUGUAACAACGCUAAAUCAAGGAACAUGGGAAGACAGGAAAUGUCAUAGAAAAUAUCCUUUCUUCUGCCAUGUGGACAAACCUCAGCUGGUGAAGAAGAAUCUGACCUGGACAGAGGCCCUCGUGUACUGCAGACAGCACCACAUGGACCUGGUCUCCGUCACCUCACCUGAGAUCCAGGGCUGGGUGAUGGAGGAGGCUAAACGGGCCGCCACUGAGCAGGUGUGGCUGGGCCUGCGCUACCUGUGCCCACUGAACAUCUGGUUCUGGGUCAGUGGAGAGACCGUCUGCCCGGAGAACUGGGCUGAGGAGAGAGAGAAGGAGAACGGGAGGGAGGGAUGCGGUGCAGAUCAGAGAGCAGGAGCGCUGCAGUCUGGAGAGAAGUGGAUCAGCCUGCCUGACAGCACCAGACUCAACUUCAUCUGCACUAAUUGUAAGAGAUUAAGAGAUAUGACAUGA